AUGCCAUCCUGGCAGCCUUCGUUUCUUUUGUUGCCGAUUCUUGCUGCUCCUGUUGUGCUAAAAUCAAGGCAUACUCAUCAGUCUCCACGUGAGCUGGCUGCAGUGACAGUUGGUAAAGCAGCAGUGGGGCCCAGUGAGAAACUGAGCCUAGUCUGGCAGCCACAUUUUCUUCUGGUGAAUCCUGCUCUCAUCCCAGAAAUGAUGCCAAUGAAAGGGCUGCAUUUGUUAUCCAAUGUUGAAGAAAUCAUGAGCGAAGUGCACCCAUGGAUAUCUAAGAACCAGAUCAGCCCUUUCAUCUCACAGAUGUGUAACAUGCUGGGUCUAGGCGACAUGAAUGCCGACCAGCUGGCCUCCAAGCUGGAGGAGACACUACCAGUCAUCCGCUCCGUCAGCGAGCAAUUCAAGGACCCUGAACAGACCACAUUCAUCUGCGUGUGUAUUGCCGAGUUCCUGUCGCUCUACGAGACAGAGCGACUCAUCCAGGAGCUGGCCAAGUGUAGAAUUGACACACACAACAUUAUCGUCAACCAACUGGUCUUCCCCGACCCUGAAAAGCCCUGCAAGAUGUGUGAAGCCCGCCACAAGAUUCAGGCCAAGUACCUGGACCAGAUGGAGGACCUUUAUGAAGACUUCCACAUUGUCAAGCUACCGCUGCUCCCCCACGAGGUUCGGGGGGCCGACAAGGUGAACACUUUCUCAGCCCUGCUCCUGGAACCCUACAAGCCCCCCAGCGCCCAGUAGCACCUCUGCGUCCCCCCCCCCAGCCCGUCCCGGGGCCAAGUUUGCACAAAGUCCCCCCCACCCUCACCCCCGAGGAGGGGGGGAGUCCCUUGAGGAGGC